ACGCUUGUCUCUCGCGUCGUUGCCGGUGCAGAUGUGGACGAUUUCUGCAGCUUGUGCGACCCAGAUAAGGAGAAUUUGUGCCUCUACGGCCUUCCCAACGGGAGCUGGGAGGUGUCGCCGCCGGCGGAGGAGGUUCCUCCGGAGUUGCCCGAGCCGGCGCUCGGCAUCAACUUUGCGCGCGACGGCAUGCUGCGCCGCGACUGGCUCACACUCGUCGCCGUCCACUCUGACUCGUGGCUCAUCUCUGUCGUAUUCUUCUGUGACUCGUGGGUCAUUUUCAUGCAUGUGGUUCUUGCCAAUGCAGCUGCUCUCAGAUUUGAAAUGCACAAACUUACGGAGGUGGUUAAAGCUAACGAAAAAAUGUUGAUUGCAGCAGGAAACUUUGUUAUACCCUUCUAUAAACACAACACCUUCCAUGAAUCACAAACAAACAUGAAGAAUCAAUUGAUCAGUGCGGUCUAA